AUGCAAAAAGUAUUUAUUGUAUUGCAGUUGAUUGAAUAUAUUGUAGCGAAGAUGGCGAUUUUAGAUCCUAACAUUUUGAAUGAUAAAAACAAAGAGCUAAUAUCAUACGGAGAAUUGUUUGAUAUCCAGAAAUAUCCAUUCAUGGUGUACUUUGAAUCAAUGAUAUACACUGAAAAUACCCUAAGUAUGUGCACAGGGUCUUUGAUUUUACCACUAUUUGUGUUAACCGCUGCUCAUUGCACACACGAAGCUGAUAAAUAUGACAUAGUGGUGUACCGAUAUAUCAAUACUCAUAGAAAGACUAUGAGAUAUGUUAAAAACAUAUAUGAACACGAAUCAUAUGAUCAUUAUGCAGGAAAAAAUGAUAUCAGUUUAUUGAGGAUAGAAUAUCCGUUCAAGGAUGUGAUCCAUUAUAUAAAUAUGUCUGGUCAUCCAAAUGAAUUUAGUAAUGGAAAGAGUUUGAAUUGUAUAGCUAUUGGAUAUGGUCAAACUGAUAAAUCGAUGAAUUCUGAACAUUUUGGAUAUAUGACCAACUUAAGUAUUAUGUAUGGCCUUAAAAAGUGUUUUUCUCACAUUUCACUAACAACAGAAUUCUCAUCGAAAAUACCUUUGUGUUCAAAACCAAAUAUUCACAAUCCAUGUCCUGGUGACAGCGGCGGACCAUUGAUUUGUAACGGAUAUUUAUACGGAAUAGCUAACUUCAUAUACAAUGCACAUAAUCCAGAAGACAUGAAAUGUGGAUCUCCCCACCUUCAAUCUGGAUAUCUAUUUAUUUAUUUUUACAGAGAUUGGAUAUCCAAUACUAUUUUAAAUACGGGAAACUUAAUAAAACUUUGUGAUAAAUUGUUCAAAAUUUCAGUAAUAUUGAUUAUUUACAAUUUUUCAUAA